AUGACGCGACUUACUGAAAAGGCGGAAGAAAAGCGAAAUGAAAUAAAAAGGAUAAUUGCUAAAGAUGCUGAGUCUUAUGAAGGGGACAAUAAGCAAUACAACAUGAAGGACACCAAUGAAGUACUGAAAGACAUGGUAAGCGAAAUGGGGUUUAAGGAUAUGGACUGGACAAUGUGGCUCUUUACUAAAUCAACAACAAUCAUCAAUAACUCACGGUCAAUGUAUCUGGUUCCGAUAUACACUCUAUCUGGGAACCCAGAGAUUGUUCCGGGUGGUGCGCUGUUAGAAGGGUGUUCCAUACAUAUCACAGAUGAACCUUGGCUGCGACCGAAAGCUGUCAUUGUGUUCAUAUUUCCACCUUCUAGGUCGCAGCAUCCUAGGUAUUCGCCUGGAUACCUGAAUCCCUAG